AUGCAGACAGAAUAAUUUUUCUAGAAUGAAUAGAUGCUAAUAAAGGUCUGUAACCCAAUGUCCAUGCUUAUUGCAAUGCAUACCAGUGCUGGGGUGGUGGUGAUGACUCCUGGAGAUAAACAGGACAACAUGACUCACAUUGGUAGAGGUCCUCAUAAUAAGAGAUACAUAGCAAGAAGGGCACUUCUUGAUAAGAGGGACGGACAUGGCAUCUGGCAUUUCCCACUGUAUGCCCCAUACUGCUGCCAGGCCUUCAACUUUGUUUCCUUGAGUUGUUUUCUAAGAUGCAAGGGCUUCUCCAAGGGAACAAAAAAACAAAGUCACCAUAGCCUACAGGUGUGUCUGUGCGGUGCUACAUCAGGCAAGAAGUGACGCCUCUACAAGCAUGGUUUUGCUGCUCUCAGCAUGGCAGAGAGAGAGCAGAAGCGACAGAACAUAUGAGAGAGACUUAAGUCUAUUUUAUAGAGUUGGCUAACAGCUGAAAAGGGCAAUGUGCACUACCUCUGGUUGGGAGCAUGUGACAGUGUUGGCAGUAGGACAGACCAGCACAGUUUACUCUGUCAACAGAAAGGAAGGGUGGAGAGGUCUCCACGCUAGGAGCCAUUGAACACCCGACUUAAGAGAAGAAAAGCAAUCUAGUACAAAAAUAAGAAAAGGGGAUAGAAGAAGAAUACUGUAUUAUUUAUUUUCUUGACUGCAAAUGGAGCUGAGGGAAAAAUGAUGUGUUCAAACCAUUUUCUUUUUUUAGCUGCAUUUGAUACCCAAGCACAGCACAAGGCCAUCAAUAGCGCUCCCACACAAAGAGAGACGAGAUGACAACAACUCGUCAGGUUCCAUAUUUCUAUUUUUCUAUCAUUUGAGCUGGCGAUCCCACACCGUGACACAGUGAAAACGUGAGGCCUGUGUCUUAUACAAUCCAUUUUCUUCUGAGUGGCCCUCAAGACCCCACUGCCAGAGGCCCUUGACACACAGGACACCAUGAAGCAGAUUCCGUCUCUCACAGUUGAAGUGUACCUAUGAUAAAAAUUACAGACCUCUGCAUGCUUUUUUCUGUCGGAUCGAAUUCUGAAGGCAGCCAGGGUGGUGUACAGUGCCUUGAUAGAGCGUAGCCCUGGCCUGGUCAGAGACAGAAAGCAUCACCUGAAGACCUACAAACAAUGUUGUUCGGGGAAAGAGCUUGUUGAUUGGCUGAUGAAGCUAAACGAAUGCUUCCAAUCAAGGAGCCAGGCAGUUGGCAUGUGGCAAGUCCUGGUGGAUGAAGGAAUCAUUGUUCAUGUGAAGCAGGAGUUAAACUUCCAUGACAAAGACACUCAAUUUUACCGCUUCCUGGAUUUGGAGUUCGGACUGAACCACAUGACCAAUGAGAAGGACCAAUUAGACGAUGAGCUGCAGGAGGGUUUGUCGUUAUUACUCCAGAUUGGUCCAGAUGCUCUUUUGACCAUGAUUUUACGUAAAUGCCCCAGCCAGCGUAGUGCGGAGGACAUGGAGGUGAUCUAUGAGGAGCUGCUUCAUGUCAAGGCUGCUGCUCACCUCUCCACCUCAGUCCGUAAGGAGUUGGCAGCAGUGCUGAUGUUUGAGUCCCAUGCCAAGGCAGGCACAGUCUUGUUCAGUCAGGGAGACAAAGGCACUUCCUGGUACAUCAUCUGGAAGGGCUCUGUCAAUGUCAUCACACAUGGAAAGGGCCUGGUGACAACGUUACAUGAGGGAGAAGACUUUGGGCAGCUGGCCCUGGUGAACGAUGCUCCCAGAGCAGCAACCAUCAUCCUGAGAGAGGACAACUGCCACUUCCUACGAGUCGACAAACAGGACUUCAUACGCAUCCUCAAGGAUGUGGAAGCUAACACCAUGCGUCUGGAGGAACAUGGUAAAGCUGUGCUGGUGCUGGAGAAGGCUGAGUCAACCAAUCCUGGAGGGGCAGGAAACAACAGCAAAUAUACAGUGAUGGCUGGAACUCCAGAGAAGAUCCUAGAACACCUGCUUGAGACAGUGAAGCUGGAUACUAAUGGCAGUGAUGCUAUAGAUCCCUGUGUGAGCGACUUCCUGCUAACCCACAGGGUCUUCAUGCCCUCCAGCCAGCUUUGCCCGGCCCUACAACACCACUACCAUGCAGAGCCUUCUGAGGGCUCAGAUCUGGAGAAGGCAGCCUAUGCCCUCAACACCAAGCAGAAGAUAGUGAAGUUGAUUUGCCAGUGGGUGGCGCUGUUCGGCCAGCUGCUCAAAGAUGACCCCAUCGCUGUAGACUUCCUGGAGACGCUGGGGGAGGAGGUGGCAGGUGACUCCCGUCUGUCCAGUAUGCUGAGGGAGCAGCUCAGAGACAGGAGGAGAACCAGAAUGCUUGAGAAUGAACUCGGGUCACUGACAAGGCUUAACCAUCAGUUUGACUGGUUUUCCAGUUGUGAGGAGCCAGUGGGGAAGUGUCUGCCAAUCAGAUCAAAGGACAAAGUAUUGUAUGAGAUCUUCCGGCCAGACCAUACGUCAAUCACUCUGAUGCUGCCGGUGAACACCUCUGUUCAGGAAAUUAUGUCAUCGCUGGUAAAUCCAGGAGGAGACCACGUCCUGGUCAAAAUGAACUCCAUGGGAGACAGGGCUCAGCUGAAGCUGGACGCCACAGCAGUCUACACCUCCCUGGGGCUGAAUGAGAGACUGUUCCUCUGCACUGCCACCCAGGUGGAACAACUGAUGCCCCUGAAGGAGCAGCAGGGCCCUGAUCAGAGCACCAUUGACACUUUGGAGCAGAUGUGUUCCAAGGACAUCGCCAGCCAGCUCACCAACUACGACUGGGAACUGUUUACCGCCAUGCAUGAGGUGGAACUAGUGUACUAUAUAUUUGGGCGACAUAAAUUCCAAGGCGCCACCACAGCUAACCUGGAGCGUUUUGUGCAUCGCUUCAACGAGGUGCAGUACUGGGUGGUGACGGAGGUGUGUCUGUGUGCUGACCUGAUGAAGAGAGCCAUGCUGCUGAAGAAGUUCAUCAAGAUGGCCGCCAUGUUGAAGGAGCAGAAAAACCUCAAUUCAUUCUUUGCUGUGAUGUUUGGUCUAAGCAACAGUGCUGUACAGAGACUUUACAAGACCUGGGAGAGAGUGCCGAGUAAGACGAAAAGGGUCUAUUGUGCCUACGAGAGGUUAAUGGAUCCAUCACGUAAUCACAGAGCCUACAGACUGGCUGUGGCAAAGCUCAGUCCUCCCUACAUCCCCUUCAUGCCCCUGCUACUAAAAGACAUGACAUUCAUCCACGAGGGAAACAAGAACUACACUGAAAAACUGGUCAAUUUUGAGAAAAUGCGCAUGAUAGCCAAGACAGUGAAGAUCGUUCGAGGGUGCAGAAGCACGCCUUACGUGCCUUCCUCGCCUCAGAAGGGGCUCGCGGACAGAAUGUUUCUGGAGGUGCCUUCCAUUAGGGUGUCCACAUAUUCGGAGCAGUCCCUCCCUCUCCGGAAUCCCAGCAACAUCCGCCACUAUGUUCAGAACUUUGAAGUGAUCGACAACCAGCGCAAACUGACACAACUGUCCAGGGGAAUGGAACGCUGAGUGCUGAACCAGACCAGUGUAUAAGUACUGUAUCUACAUAUCUCUGUGUAUAAAGACUGUCUAUAAGAGCCUGUGAAUAAGAGGUUGGCAGGGGAAAACACACACCUCCAUGGUCAUACUAAUCCACAUGCAAGCUCUUCUAUAGACUCGUGUGCAUGUCCGGUGUCAAGAAUGGAGGACUGUGGAUGUUUCUGGCCUGUUCAGUCUCACACAGAGCGCAGUCAAGAGAAGCAACUGUUUGGACUGCUAAUCAAGUGACUAGGACCUGAGGAGGGAUCCGACUGGCAGUAUCUAGUGACCCCUAGUGCCUUACCAGAGAUGUUGCUGGUCCUGUGACUGCUGUUUCUGAUACCACUACACUCCGGAGGAACAAGUGCAUAUUUUUGGCAUUCGUCAUUAUUUAUACGAUCAUAUGUAUAGCAGACUAUUUGUAUGAUAAUCUUAUUGUUUCACAAGUGCCAUAUACGGGUUGGGGCAAACGAGACGGUGUUGGCUGAGAUUGUUGACAACAUGUAAACUAUAUUUAGUCUCCAAUGUUUUUUGAAAACAAAUCCAUUUGCACAAUGAGCACUUCUCUCUCAAAUACAUCGUUACAGUUGUUGGUUAGCUAGCUAGCUUAGCUUGCCAUAUUAGCAUAGAUGUGACAUCAGUCAAAACACCUCAAAACAAGACAUGGUAUCAAGAACAAGAUAAAACUAGUUGAAACGAGCCACCUACGAUUCCCCACUGGCAGCUUCUUGUCAUUGUUGCUAGCUAUCUGGCCAUCCAGAAUCACAACACAGACUUCUGCCCCAUUGAUGCGAGUGCGUCGUUUUCAUGACGUUGUUAGCUAACGCCUUGAUCACACCGAUAAGUGUUUUGCACAAAAUAGGACGCAGCAUCAUCUGGAUGUGUGCAACAAAGUUCAACAUUCAUCUUCUGCUACCAUUUCUGUCAAGCCGUCUUCGCAUACAGUUUGGCGCUACGUUCGAUAAAUCCAACGUAUGUACCACACAGAACGCACUGCAACGCAAUGCUGCAAGGCAAACGCAGCGUUCCAUUUGAAAUAAAUGUACUUUCGGUGUACCAAAUUGCCAAACAAUGUUGGUGUGAUCGAGGUGUAACCCGUCAACAUAAGCACAUACAGCAGAGCAGAUAUAUGCUAUAGCAGUUAUGGAGUGUUUGUUUUGACCUUUUUCCACUUUGUAAUACAACUGUGUACAAUAAAUAGUUUAGCAAUCAGCUAUGUUGCCAGAACGCAUACACAAACGUGUAAAACAUUUCAUACCAUGUACGUUUAUUUUUUCUAAAUAAAUUAUUUUCAGAAUGAUG